UUCUCAACACGUCCUGCCUGUGCGGUGAAACAGCUGCCGCCACGACCCAAGCUGGAUGACGAGGAUAUCACAGGGUCGUACCUCAAGGGCUCGGGACCAGGCGGCCAGAAGAUUAAUAAAACAAAUUCAGCUGUCCAGCUGAUUCACAAGCCAACAGGAAUAGUGGUUAAGAGCCAGGCUACGCGCUCGCGCUCACAAAAUCAGAAGAUAGCCCGUGAGAUACUGGCUGCCAAAAUCGAGGAGCUGGAAAAGGGCGAGCAGAGUCGCACGGCGAUCAAAGCUGCCUUGAAAAGGAAGAAGAAGGCAAGUUCGAUGAAGAAGAAACGGAGAAAGUACCGAGCACUAGAAGAAGAGAAACAAACCCGAGAGGUG